AUGGAAUUAAAGUCCAUACUACGUUUAACUGUUAUUCUAACAGUAUUUGCUGCUGCAACGCUAAAUGUCAAUGCUGCUAGACGUGUGGUACUACGCCCAUUAUCCGCCAAGGAAGUUAUAAAAAUUCUUAAGACAGCUGGCCGUGAAGAUGCCAUACCAGAGGGUCGCGUGGUUACUCAAGGACUGGCUGCAAUGACCGGUUUCGCUUUGGGCUUGACCAAAGGCAUUGGCGGUACUAUACUCUUUGACUUGGCUUCAUCAAAUGCUACCUCGCAGUUCAUCAACAACUUCAAUUACACUGCUAUGAUGGGCGAUUUCCAGGGUAUUAAUAUGACCGCUUUAACGCAUAUGUUUCCAUGGGGUUCAGCUAAUAAUUCAAGUGGUAUCAGGUACAAAACAACAGAGAUCUGCUUUAACACUCGCAUCGAAGAUCCCGUCGUUGAGGAGGUGGCAAGGCAGGCACCUGCCACAUCACCUGCUGACACUACUCCUACCGUAUCCGAUUCUCCAGCUACUGACGACGCCGCAACAGAUGGGACAGGUACCGAUACUGCUGACGCAAAUGAUACUGGGACCGGUGUUGCCGACGACACUGCAACCAACACUAACACUAACACUGGAACUGGUACGUCUAUUGACACAGGCACUGAGACCAAUACCAAAACGAACACGGUCACCCAAACUAGUACUGGUGACGGUCAGACAUGUAUAGUUUUGCAAAAGCCCAUAGUGCGUAAACGACGUUCGUCGCAUCGCAAACGCCGACGUUGA